AUGACAUCCACAUCUCCUGCGACGACAUCGACCCACUCGGCAGGUAAAACGGCAUGCCAGCCUUCGGGAUUGAGCAAGUUUGCAGUAUCAACCAGUACCCGAGCACUAUCUGGAUGUGGAUCAAGCCCACGGGUCCAGGGAUCCGGAAUCUCAUCGGGUUUCGGCGUCCAGUCGGGCAGGGGAGAAUUUUUGCCCGAGGGGGAGCAGGAUGGCGAACGAGCUCCUGAUUUGAGGCGACUCGGAGGAUCAGCUGUGAGGAACUUACCUGCGGAUGGAUUAAUACAUAGUCGGAGCCAGACCCUUGUGGUUAUAUGGUAUGAUGGCACAAAAGUGAUCUCAUUCCUUAAAAACACGACAUACCGAUCGAAUACUGGUAUCAGUGCGGGCCGACCACGUACUCCUCCCUCUGGCACUGGGCGGCCUUCAGUCGUUGUUGCAGGUCGAAAGGCCAUUGCAUCCACCGGCUCAAUGUUGAUUCUGGCACGAACCAAAUGCGCUUCUGUCUCCGAUACACGAAGCACACGCCGGCGACGCCGACCAUCCUGUCUUGCUUGUUGCUGCUGCUCCGUAGUGGAUGCGGCGGUGUCCGACCCUGCAGCAAGUUCAUGCCGGACAGACUGGCUAGCCACUGCGGCGUUAUGA